AUGGCUAGUGGUGGUGGGAGUCUGCGGGAUAACAGACGCCCUUCCGGGUAUCCGGUAGGGCGUGCAGCCGGCCUGUCCGGCGAGGCUUCGACGGCUGGGUCUGAUAAUCGGGGGACGAAGAGGCGUGCAUCUCCACAGUUAGCGAAACGAAAAAGCGGUGUGUCCGGCGUAGCGUCGACAAGCGCGCGUCCGGUCAAGGUCCCAAAGAUAAAACAAGCUGCUUAUGCUAUAAAAUAUGAGUCUAGCAUUGAUGAUAGUAGCUCUGAUGAGGAGAUGCCUGCUGCCAAGAAGGGUCCUGCUCCCAAAGGAAAGAGUGCACUUACUGCUUCCAUUAAUAUGAGAGAUAGUUAUAGUGAUUCCAGCUAUGAUGAUAGUAUCUCAGAUGAGGAAAUGCCUGCUGCCAAUAAGGGUCCUGCACACAAAGGAAAGAGUGCACUUGUUGCAUCCAUUAAGAAGAAAGAUAGUUCUAGUGUGCCUGCUUCCAAGAAGAGUCCUACUCCUGCUCCCAAAGGAAAGAGUGCACUUGCUGCAUCCAUUAAGAAGAAAGAUAGUUCUAGUGAUUUCAGCUCUGAUGAUAGUAGCUCAGAUGAGGAGAUGCCUGCUGCCAAGAAGGGUCCUGCUCCCAAAGGAAAGAGUGUUGUUGUAUCCAUUAAGAGGAAAUAUAGUUCUAGUGAUUCCAGCUCUGAUGAUUUUAUCUUCCCUGCUGCCAAGAAGAGUCCUCCUCCCAAAGGAAAGAGUGUUGUUGUAUCCAUUAAGAGGAAAUAUAGUUCUAGUGAUUCCAGCUCUGAUGAUUUUAUCUUCCCUGCUGCCAAGAAGAGUCCUCCUCCCAAAGGAAAGAGUGUUGUUGUAUCCAUUAAGAGGAAAUAUAGUUCUAGUGAUUCCAGCUCUGAUGAUUUUAUCUUCCCUGCUGCCAAGAAGAGUCCUCCUCCCAAAGGAAAGAGUGUUGUUGUAUCCAUUAAGAGGAAAUAUAGUUCUAGUGAUUCCAGCUCUGAUGAUUUUAUCUUCCCUGCUGCCAAGAAGAGUCCUCCUCCCAAAGGAAAGAGUGUUGUUGUAUCCAUUAAGAGGAAAUAUAGUUCUAGUGAUUCCAGCUCUGAUGAUUUUAUCUUCCCUGCUGCCAAGAAGAGUCCUCCUCCCAAAGGAAAGAGUGCACUUGCUGCAUCCAUUAAGAAGAAAUAUAGUUCUAGUGAUUCCAGCUCUGAUGAUUUUAUCUUACCUGCUGCCAAGAAGAGUCCUGCUCCCAAAGGAAAGAGUGUUGCUGCAUCCAUUAAGAAGAAAUAUAGUUAUAGUGAUUCCCGCUAUGAUGAUAGUAGCUCAGAUGAGGAGAUGCCUGCUGCCAAGAAGAGUCCUGCUCCCAAAGGAAAGAGUCUAUGA